AUGUUUCGGAAUAGUCUCAAGAUGCUUCUUACUGGAGGGAAAUCAAGUCGUAAAAACAGAUCAAGUGAUGGAGGGAGCGAGGAACCACCAGAUCGAAGACAGUCAAGUGUAGACUCUCGCCAAAGUCGCUCUGGGCAAGGUGGCAUCUCCACAGAAAGCGACUGUGCUUUUGAGCCAGACUACGCCGUCCCACCACUUCCAGUGAGUGAAGGUAUGCAGCACAUUCGGAUUAUGGAGGGCAUGUCUCGCUCUCUUCCAUCCUCCCCCUUACUCACACAUCAGUCUAUCAGUGUUCGGCUCCAACCUGUGAAGAAGUUAACUGGUGAUGCUGAACAGGAACUUGGUCCCCCUCCAUCUGUAGAUGAGGCAGCAAACACACUCAUGACUCGUCUGGGUUUCCUCCUUGGAGAGAAAGUCACAGAAGUUCAGCCAGAUGACCAAUACAACAUGGAAGUAGAAGAUGAAAAUCAGACCUCAGCAAUCACCCAGCGGAUAAGUCCCUGUUCCACCUUGACUAGCAGCACUGCCUCUCCACCAGCCAGUAGCCCCUGUUCCACCCUCCCAGCAGUCAGUACAAAUGCAACAGCCAAGGACUGCAGCUAUGGGGCUGUCACUAGUCCAACCUCCACCCUCGAAAGCAGAGAUAGUGGCAUCAUUGCUACAUUGACAAGUUAUUCUGAAAAUGUAGAACGCACAAAGUAUGUUGGGGAAAGCAGUAAAGAAUUAGGAUCUGGAGGAAAUCUAAAACCUUGGCAGUCUCAAAAAUCCAGCAUGGAUUCCUGUUUAUACCGAGUAGAUGAAAAUAUGACAGCUUCCACCUAUAGUCUGAAUAAGAUCCCAGAGAGGAAUUUGGAAACAGUUUUAUCGCAAUCAGUACAGUCUAUUCCUCUGUAUCUUAUGCCACGACCAAAUUCAGUAGCAGCCACAAGUUCUGCCCACUUGGAGGACCUUGCUUACCUGGAUGAGCAGAGACAUACACCUUUGAGAACUUCUCUUCGAAUGCCAAGACAGAGCAUGGGUGGUGUUCGCACACAACAGGAUUUAAGAGUUCGCUUUGCACCUUAUAGACCUCCAGAUAUCUCCCUGAAGCCUCUGCUCUUUGAAGUGCCCAGCAUCACUACAGAGUCAGUGUUUGUUGGCCGGGACUGGGUUUUCCAUGAAAUAGAUGCUCAACUUCAAAGUUCAAAUGCCAGCGUGAACCAAGGAGUAGUGAUUGUGGGAAACAUUGGGUUCGGCAAAACUGCCAUCAUCUCCAGACUUGUGGCACUCAGCUGCCAUGGAACACGGAUGAGACAGAUCGCCUCAGACAGUCCACAUGCCUCCCCCAAACAUGUGGAUGCCAACAGAGAGCUGCCACUCACACAACCACCUUCAGCCCACUCUUCCAUCACCAGUGGGAGCUGCCCAGGAACUCCAGAAAUGCGCCGGCGGCAGGAGGAGGCUAUGCGGAGACUAGCCUCACAGGUAGUUGCCUAUCAUUAUUGCCAAGCAGAUAAUGCCUACACCUGCCUGGUGCCAGAAUUUGUCCACAAUGUUGCUGCCCUGCUCUGCCGCUCCCCUCAGCUGGCGGCCUAUAGGGAGCAGCUUCUUCGGGAGCCUCACCUACAGAGCAUGCUGAGCCUUCGGUCCUGUGUUCAAGACCCCAUGGCCUCUUUCCGGAGGGGUGUCCUGGAGCCUCUAGAGAAUCUCCACAAAGAGAGAAAAAUUCCAGAUGAAGAUUUCAUCAUCUUAAUUGAUGGAUUAAAUGAAGCAGAAUUUCACAAACCGGAUUAUGGGGACACAAUUGUAUCAUUUCUGAGUAAAAUGAUUGGAAAAUUUCCUUCCUGGCUCAAACUAAUUGUAACAGUUAGGACCAGUUUACAGGAAAUUACCAAGCUGCUGCCUUUCCAUAGGAUUUUUUUGGAUCGACUAGAAGAGAAUGAAGCCAUAGACCAGGACCUGCAGGCUUACAUCCUGCACCGGAUACACAGCAGCUCAGAGAUCCAGAAUAACAUUUCACUUAAUGGCAAAAUGGACAAUACUACAUUUGGCAAACUCAGUUCUCAUCUCAAGACUCUUAGUCAAGGGUCCUAUUUAUACCUGAAACUCACAUUUGACCUCAUAGAGAAAGGCUAUCUAGUGUUAAAGAGCUCUAGCUACAAAGUAGUUCCUGUUUCGCUCUCUGAGGUUUAUUUGCUCCAGUGCAAUAUGAAGUUCCCAACCCAGUCUUCCUUUGACCGGGUGAUGCCUCUCCUGAAUGUUGCAGUGGCCUCUCUCCACCCACUGACUGAUGAACAUAUCUUCCAGGCCAUCAAUGCUGGUAGCAUUGAAGGCACACUAGAAUGGGAGGACUUUCAGCAGAGAAUGGAGAACCUCUCCAUGUUUCUAAUCAAGCGCAGAGACAUGACUCGUAUGUUUGUACAUCCUUCUUUUCGAGAAUGGCUUAUCUGGAGAGAAGAAGGAGAGAAAACCAAAUUUCUCUGUGAUCCCAGGAGUGGUCACACAUUACUUGCCUUUUGGUUUUCCCGCCAAGAGGGAAAACUAAACCGACAGCAGACUAUUGAACUGGGACAUCACAUCCUCAAAGCCCACAUUUUUAAGGGUUUGAGUAAAAAAGUUGGUGUGUCAUCCUCCAUCCUCCAAGGUCUCUGGAUCUCCUACAGCACAGAAGGUCUGUCCAUGGCAUUGGCAUCUUUAAGAAAUCUCUACACUCCAAAUAUAAAGGUCAGCCGACUGCUGAUUUUGGGAGGUGCCAACAUUAAUUAUCGGACAGAAGUUUUAAAUAAUGCCCCAAUUCUGUGUGUCCAGUCUCAUCUUGGUUACACAGAAAUGGUGGCCCUGCUCUUGGAGUUUGGAGCCAAUGUGGAUGUCUCUUCUGAAAGUGGCCUGACUCCUCUGGGCUAUGCCGCAGCGGCAGGCUACCUGAGCAUCGUUGUGCUGCUGUGCAAGAAACGGGCGAAGGUGGAUCACUUGGAUAAGAAUGGACAGUGUGCUUUGGUCCAUGCUGCACUCCGAGGUCAUCUGGAGGUUGUCAAGUUUCUGAUUCAGUGUGACUGGACAAUGGCCAGCCAACAGCAAGGGGUGUUUAAGAAGAGCCAGGCCAUCCAGCAGGCCCUCAUUGCUGCAGCCAGUAUGGGUUACACUGAGAUUGUCUCCUACCUACUUGAUCUUCCAGAAAAAGAUGAAGAGGAAGUGGAGCGAGCACAGAUCAACAGCUUUGACAGUCUCUGGGGAGAGACAGCCCUGACAGCUGCAGCCGGAAGGGGCAAACUGGAGGUAUGUCGUCUGCUCUUGGAACAAGGGGCAGCAGUGGCCCAGCCAAACCGUCGAGGGGCAGUGCCCCUGUUCAGCACUGUUCGCCAGGGCCACUGGCAGAUAGUUGAUCUUUUGCUCACCCAUGGAGCUGAUGUCAACAUGGCAGACAAGCAAGGUCGGACUCCCUUGAUGAUGGCUGCUUCUGAAGGCCAUCUGGGAACUGUGGACUUUCUACUUGCACAAGGUGCCUCCAUUGCUCUGAUGGACAAAGAAGGGUUGACAGCCCUCAGCUGGGCUUGUUUGAAGGGUCAUCUCUCUGUAGUACGUUCACUGGUAGAUAAUGGAGCUGCCACAGACCAUGCUGACAAGAAUGGCCGAACCCCAUUGGAUCUGGCAGCUUUCUAUGGUGAUGCUGAGGUGGUCCAGUUUCUGGUGGAUCACGGGGCCAUGAUCGAGCAUGUGGAUUACAGCGGAAUGCGCCCGUUGGAUAGGGCAGUGGGGUGCCGGAACACUUCAGUCGUUGUCACUCUUCUGAAGAAAGGAGCCAAGAUAGGUCCAGCCACAUGGGCGAUGGCCACCUCCAAACCAGACAUCAUGAUCAUCCUGUUGAGCAAGCUGAUGGAAGAGGGGGACAUGUUUUAUAAGAAAGGUAAAGUAAAGGAGGCUGCCCAGCGCUACCAGUACGCUCUGAAGAAAUUCCCUAGAGAAGGGUUUGGUGAGGACUUGAAAACCUUCCGGGAACUGAAGGUGUCUCUUCUCCUCAACCUCUCUCGGUGUCGCAGGAAAAUGAACGAUUUUGGAAUGGCGGAGGAAUUUGCUACUAAGGCCCUGGAGCUGAAACCGAAAUCUUAUGAAGCUUACUAUGCAAGAGCAAGGGCAAAACGCAGCAGCAGACAGUUUGCAGCAGCCUUAGAGGACCUGAACGAGGCCAUCAAGCUGUGUCCAAACAACCGUGAGAUCCAGAGACUUCUGAUGAGAGUGGAGGAGGAGUGUAGGCAGAUGCAGCAGCAGCAGCAGCAGCCGCCACCGCCACCACAGCCGCCUCAGCAGCAGCUACCAGAAGAAGCAGAGCCGGAACCUCAGCAUGAAGACAUGUACUCUGUGCAAGACAUAUUCGAGGAGGAGUACCUGGAGCAGGAUGUUGAAAAUGUUUCCAUUGGCCUCCAGACGGAGGCACGGCCCAGUCAGGGGCUCCCGAUCAUCCAGAGCCCACCCUCCUCUCCAGCCCACAGGGACUCUGCCUACAUCUCCAGCUCACCUCUUGGCUCUCAUCAGGUUUUUGACUUCCGGUCCAGUAGUUCUGUAGGUUCUCCCACUAGACAGAGCUAUCAGUCCACCUCACCUGCCCUUUCUCCAACUCACCAGAACUCUCAUUACAGGCCUAGUCCACCACAUACUUCCCCGGCUCAUCAGGGUGGAUCUUACCGCUUUAGCCCCCCUCCUGUGGGAGGGCAGGGCAAAGAAUACCCAAGCCCUCCCCCUUCCCCUCUCCGUAGAGGCCCUCAGUAUCGGGCCAGCCCUCCAGCUGAAAGCAUGAGUGUCUAUAGAGCCCAGUCUGGCUCACCUGUGCGCUAUCAGCAAGAAACAAAUGUCAGUCAGCUUCCUGGCAGGCCAAAAUCUCCAUUAUCCAAAAUGGCCCAGAGGCCCUACCAGAUGCCUCAGCUUCCUGUGGCGGUGCCCCAGCAAGGGCUCAGGCUACAGCCUGCUAAAGCCCAGAUUGUGAGAAGCAACCAGCCCAGCUCUGCUGUUCACUCAAGCACUGUCAUCUCCACAGGGGCCUAUGGUCAAGUAGCCCACUCGAUGGCUAGUAAGUACCAGUCUUCCCAAGGGGACAUAGGAGUAAGUCAGAGCCGGUUGGUUUAUCAAGGGUCAAUUGGGGGGAUUGUUGGGGAUGGGAGACCUGUGCAGCAUGUCCAGGCCAGUCUGAGUGCAGGCGCCAUCUGUCAGCACGGAGGGUUGACCAAAGAAGACCUUCCACAGCGACCUUCCUCAGCAUACCGAGGUGGCAUGAGAUACAGCCAGACACCACAGAUUGGACGUAGUCAGUCUGCAUCCUAUUACCCAGUCUGUCACUCAAAACUAGAUCUGGAGCGUUCCUCUAGCCAACUAGGUUCCCCUGAUGUGUCGCAUCUAAUCAGAAGACCUAUUGGUGUCAACCCCAACGAAAUCAAACCCCACCCACCAACUCCCAGGCCAUUGCUGCACUCCCAAAGCGUAGGCCUUCGCUUCUCUCCAUCUAGCAAUAGUAUCUCAUCUGCCUCCAACCUAACUCCUACCUUCCGGCCGUCCUCCUCGAUUCAACAGAUGGAGAUCCCACUAAAACCUGCAUAUGAUAGGUCAUGUGACGAGCUAUCGCCAGUGUCUCCCACUCAGGGAGGUUACCCCAGUGAGCCCACCCGAUCCAGGACCACACCAUUCAUGGGGAUCAUAGAUAAAACAGCGCGGACUCAACAGUACCCCCACCUUCACCAGCAGAAUCGGACCUGGGCAGUGUCAUCGGUGGAUACCGUUCUCAGCCCCACGUCUCCAGGCAACUUGCCUCAGCAGGAGUCCUUCAGCCCACCAUCAUCCAUCAGCAACAUUGCCUUUUAUAACAAAACCAACAAUGCACAGAAUGGCCAUUUGCUGGAGGACGAUUAUUACAGCCCCCAUGGGAUGCUGGCGAACGGGUCCCGUGGAGACCUCUUAGAGAGAGUCAGCCAGGCCUCCUCGUACCCCGAUGUGAAGGUGGCUCGGACCCUCCCUGUGGCUCAGGCAUACCAGGACAACCUGUACAGGCAGUUGUCCCGGGACUCUCGACAAGGGCAGACAUCCCCUAUCAAACCAAAGAGACCAUUUGUGGAGUCUAAUGUUUAA